UACAGUAUGACGAGGGCGUGUCUCCUCUCCUCCGCUGGAUCCAUCACAUCGUCACACAUCACCGGGGAGAUUUCCCACCAGGCUCAGUAGUAAACACGCGAGUCGUGAGCGGGAUAAACCUCAUGCUCUCUGCAGGGAUGCGGCCGGAGAUGCGACAGGACGCUGCGGACAUGAGGCAGCAGAGGAGGCUGAAACAAGCGAUCCAAUUCCUCCAUAAAGACUCCGCUGAUCUGCUUCCUCUUGAUGGACUCAUGAUGCUCGGGACGUCUAAACAAGGGCAGCCACACCAUAUCCUGCAGAAGCGCCUGCUGGAGGCCAAGCUGGGAAGGAUGAACAUGUGUGGAGUAAAAGCAAACAGCGGAGUGGUGCUUCUGAGCUGUAGCCGUCUGAAUUCACGUGAAGAUGAUGAAGAAAUGGAGGAAGAUUUCAUUCACGUGCCCUGUACAUGCCUGGGACAGGACGUGAAUGUGCUGAUAGACACAAGCUGCACUCUGAACUUGAUGUCCUCGCUGACUGUGGAGAGAUUAGGCUUGAAAGAACUGGCCGUGGAGAACAAAAUGGAGACAAGUGUCUUUCCGUUUCAAAGUAAACUCUGCAUUCAUGGUCACAUCAAGGAGCUCAGCCUGACCAUCGGACAGCUCAGGAUAAUGUGCUCAUUUGCCAUAUUGGAAUGUGACAUGCCACUGAUGUCACUGGGAAACAAGACACUUAAGUCCCUCAAGUGUGUAAUUGACACUGAAAAGCAGACGUUAGUGUUUGGGACAGCUGUGAGAGAGCAAGUUCAGUUUGCUAAAACCCCACUCAGUGAAAGCUCCUCGGACAUCAGAGACCUGAGAUACUGAUCUUACCACCACCAAACCACAAAGUGACCAAAAGCAAUAGAAAACCUCUUUACCUUUUAAACAAGAUGCCUUGUUGGCGUUCUCAUUUUCUUUGUUUUCUCCUUUUCAGGCAAUCAAAAGGAGACUAAAAUUACUUAUUUUGACAUGAAGACACCACAGGUUCUUCACAUCGCACUGGCAGUGAAUAGCAGACUUUUAGCCAAUAGUAUGAUGUUGUAUUAGCUGCCCCUACAGUAGAGGUUUAUAUUGUGUUGUAGACGUGUGUGAUAGAAAACUCUUUAAUCCUAUAUUUAAAUCUGAAAUCAGUAUUUGAGAAUAAUCUAUACUGCACACAGGACAGUCGCUUAUCUACUGUAUUUUAUAAUGUUGUAAAUGUAUUUUCUAGUUUUAAGAGAUGUGUUUGCAUUACCGCCUUUCACCGUUUACAGGAUAGUGAUCCUCGUGACAUGUUUUUAUCAUGUGACUGUAGCAAAUACAAAUACAAAUACAUAUCUGAAUAAAAAAAUAA